AUGAACGGCUACGGCUCCCCGUACCUCUACAUGGGCGGCCCGGUGUCGCAGCCGCCGCGGGCUCCGCUGCAGCGGACGCCCAAGUGCGCCCGGUGCCGCAACCACGGCGUCCUGUCCUGGCUGAAGGGCCACAAGCGCUACUGCCGCUUCAAGGACUGCACCUGCGAGAAGUGCAUCCUCAUCAUCGAGCGGCAGCGGGUGAUGGCCGCGCAGGUGGCGCUGCGACGGCAGCAGGCCAACGAGAGCCUGGAGAGCCUCCUCCCGGACUCCCUGCGCGCCCUCCCGGGCCCGCCGGGCAGCGCCGAGCCCCCCGCCCCGCCGCCGGGGCCGCCGCCCUGCGCCGCGCCGCCGCGGGCCCCCGCCGAGCUGGCCGCCGCCGCCGCCCUGCGAUGGGCCGCCGAGCCGCCCCCCGCGCUGUCGGGGCCGCUCCCCAAAGCAGACAUGAAUGAGGAGCGGUUGGGUGAUGCCAGUGGAGCAGACAAUGCUGAGACAUACAGUGACAAAGACACAGACCAAAGGAGUUCCCCAGACAUGACUAAAGCCAAAAGUUGCUUCACCCCUGAAAGCCCUGAAAUUGUUUCGGUGGAUGAGGUCGGUUAUGCGGUUCAGAAAAAUGGUGGGAGCACAGAGAGCCGUCCAGACAGCCCAAAGUACCACCCAGAGCAGAACCACCUCCUGAUAGAAGGUCCUUCUGGCACAGUUUCUUUACCUUUCAGUUUGAAAGCCAACAGACCUCCACUUGAAGUCUUGAAAAAGAUCUUCCCUAACCAAAAGCCAACUGUGCUGGAGUUGAUCCUGAAGGGGUGCGGCGGUGAUCUGGUGAGUGCUGUAGAGGUUCUCCUGUCCAGUCGGUCUUCGGUGGCCAGUGGGGAGAGAACUUCUGCAGAAUCUGAUGGUCUUGUUUUGCCUUCCAAUGGGCACAUUUUUGAACACACACUGAGUUCAUACCCUAUUUCCUCUUCCAAGUGGUCUGUGGGCUCAGCAUUUAGGGUUCCUGACACACUGAGGUUCUCUGCCGAUUCCAGUAAUGUCGUGCCAAAUCCUCUGGCCGUACCUUUGCAGCACCCUUUCCCUCAGCCACCACGCUACCCACUGAUGUUGAGGAACACUUUGGCAAGAAACCAGUCCAGCCCGUUCCUGCCCAAUGACGUCACCCUGUGGAACACCAUGACGCUGCAGCAGCAGUACCAGCUGCGGUCCCAGUAUGUCAGCCCGUUCUCUAGCAACUCGGCCAGCGUUUUCCGAAGCUCACCUGUCCUUCCUUCCCGCUCGUCAGAAGAUCCUAGGAUCUCAAUCCCUGAUGACGGGUGUCCUAUUGUGUCUAAGCAACCGAUUUAUACAGAAGAUGAGUAUGACGAGAGGUCUGAUUCUUCAGACUCAAGAAUACUCAACACAUCUUCUUAG